UUACAGUGUAUCCCUAGUUACAGUGUAACAAACAAAGAACAUCAGACUCCUGCCCUCUUGUUAGGCCUGGCUCAUGCGACGUCUCCACCGCAGCCUCCCCAGGCCAGUUGGGGCUGGGGAUGAUCGAGGGGGGGACUACGCCAUAUCCGGGGGCCUUUGGCUGGCCCGUCGGGGUCGUUUCUACCGGCCUUUGACCAAUCAGGGGAUUAAUCUCUGGCGAGAGAGGAUGGGCCGCUUGCAUCGUGGAUGGGACUACUUCAACUACGCGCACACCCGGCCAGACCCUCGGCCGAGGCCGGAGCCCGCCGUUAACGACUAUUACGGCCGCACGCGGCUUUGGAACCCGAUCGCGGGGAAGAUCGGCUUGGUGAAUCAAAAGGCGGAAAAUUGGAAUUGGCCGGAGGGGCGGCCACCGCCGACAGGGCUCCGCCACUCACGUGAGUAUUUCCCGCACUUCUUUGAGCGCUAUUUCCCGGACGUCGAGGUCCGUCUGGUGCUGGACAGCGUCCUCAACCGCGAAACCAUGCGCCCCGUUUUCCACAUCCCGCAGGACAUGUCCAAGCAGGAGCUGGUGAACUACCUCAAGAACCUAUACGACAUCGACCCGAUCGUGCGCGUUCAGGUCCGCAAUAAACGCGGCAGACGGUUUAAAAACGAGGUCGGACAAAUUAAGUCGCUGCCGGAUUAUAAGGUUGCGGUGGUGGAGCUGGAUUCACCCGUGAAGAUCGAGAUCAAACAAAUCAAGGGCUCGGAAGAUACACCGGACAACAGUCCCCAGGCCCAGUUAUCGUAAACCAAAGGGAGAGGGGGUAAAUAUGGAAUGAAAUAAAGCGGGCAGAAAAUACUGAAAAAAAGAAAUCCCUUGUAUAAGGAGUGAAAGCGAAAAAGGAUGGCGGAGAAGAUCGAAGUGUGUAUAAUUUGCUAUUGAAGAAACCCACCCUCAGAGAAGGGAAUAGGGCCCAUGAAUCCUAAAACAAAUUAUAAUUAUGCGUACAUGGGCGGAUGAGUCCUAUCAAUGAAUAA